AUGUCAUUUGGAAAAAGGGUCUUCUUUCUAGCCGUGUCAACAGGAGAAUUCAUCUUAGGAGUACUGGGAAAUGGGUUCAUUGGACUGGUAAACUGCAUCGAGUGGGUCAAGAAUGGAAAAGUCUCAUCAGCUGAUUUCAUCCUUACCUGCUUGGCUGUGGCCAGAAUCAUUCAGCUGUGGGUAACACUUUUGGAUUCAUUUGUAGUAGGAUUAGCGCCACAUCUGUAUGCCACUGGUAAACUAGUAAAAGUAGUUAUUCUUCUUUGGGCUCUAACGAAUCACUUAACUAUGUGGUUUGCCACCUGCCUAAGCAUAUUCUACUUCCUUAAGAUAGCCAGUUUCUCUCACUUCUUUUUCAUGUGGCUGAAAUGGAGAAUGAACCGAGUGCUUCUUGUGCUUUUCCUGGCAUCUUUCUUCUUAUUAUCUUUUGACCUCUUAAUGCAGGAUGCUCUUGUCAACCUGAACCACUUGAGAGACUUCAACACAGAGGCCCAUAAAAGGGCCAUGAAAAUGGUGACAACAUUUCUCCUCCUCUUCAUCAUUUACUUUAUUUCCACUCUAAUUGGAAAUUGGAUCUUCCUUAAGCUACAGUGUUUCCCCACCAAAGAUGAUUUAUAG